AUGUCCGAGCUCACCGAGUACAUUUUCCGGCAGCCGCUCUCUCGCGAGCUUUCGUUCUUAGUCAGUUCAAACUCCGCCUUGGCGCCGAAACUCCAAAGGUACAACGAGAAGACAAUCAAAAGACAAUAUGAUACGGCGUAUCACGGGAGAUGUGGUCCAUCGAAAGUAGCAAGCCUGACGCUCGACGACGUCAGGAGUAUCCGGCCCAACCAAUACCGGGGCCGCAGUGGCGUCGAGAAGCACCCAGACAGGGGGGAUGCCACCUAUGAGGCUUUAGAGUCAAGGGAUGGUCAAGGAAGUCGUUUGCGAUUUUCUACCAUGAAGACCUUCGCCAGCAUCAUCUCUCUUCUUUUAUUCGCCAGCGCCGUUGUUGCUGCUCCCACUGGGCCAACCUUGGCCGAUCAGGUCGAGCCUCCCAAUGAAUGGGCCGAAUUCGGAAAGCGCGACGUCGCCACUAGCGACGUCGUUUCGGCACCCCAAAACUGGGGAGGGUUGGAGCAAAAGCGUGAAGAGGCGUUGAAGGGCGAUAAAGUUUGGGCCCCCCACAACUGGGGAGGAUUUGAGCAGAAGCGUGAAGAGUCCGGCACCGGCAAGGUAGAAUGUGUACCGAAACGAGCACUGAAUUUCUGCUGA